UCUGUGUCCGUUCACACGUCGCGCUCCGGCGACAGUGACGCCCGCAACAACUGAACCAUUUAAUAGUUAUCACGUUUUAUCGUGUACUCGCAGCGGCACUGACGGUCCUAACUGAGGUUUCACGAAAAGGUCUGUCGAAUUAUAGUCUAAAUCUGUUUACAGCGCCGUGUUUCCAAAAGGUUGAACUGACUGUGAAUGGGAGGAAAGGCAGGUGUGGAAAUAGAUGCCCUCCCUCUGAAGGACGGGAGCAAAAUGCCUCAAUUGAGCCUGGUUUGCUUACCUGCCUAGCAGCCUGUACGGACGUCUUUAUCGAAGAGUGACCCAGCCAACUAGGUGCCAGUGUUUGGACAAAAAUGCCGCAAAUGGACGGUCGCGCAGAGAAACAAGAGUCCGGUGAUGCUGUUAUCAUUGUGGAGAACGAAGCGGAGAGCAUGCCAGUGCAGGAGGACAAGUCGCGAGCGGCAGGCUCCAGUUUUUUGGACACUUGUCCUGUUUGCCAUUUACAGUUUCACAGUCGUGAGCCCAAACUUCUGCCGUGUCUACACUCUUUCUGUAAGAAAUGUUUGCCUUCACCCUCCAGGAAUUUGGCUAUGGCAGAGCCGCCAAACUUCCAGGUUGACGGCGCGACUAAACCACUCAAUGUGAUUCGCUGUCCGGUGUGCAGACAGGAGUGUAUGGAGGUGGAUGUGAUGGAAAACUUCUUUGUAAAGGACUCUGUGGAGGCUCCCAGCAGCACAGUGGAGAGGACUGUCCAGCUCUGUAUGACCUGCGAUGACAACACAGAAGCAGCUGGGUUUUGUGUGGAUUGUGUUGAGUACCUGUGUGCCACCUGUGUGGAGGCCCACCAGAGAGUCAAAUUCACCAAAGACCACAUCAUCAGACAGAAGGAGGAUGUUUUCCAAGAGGCUCAUGGUGUGACCGCACAGAGGCCAGUCUUCUGUGACAUCCACAAGCAAGAGCCACUGAAGUUGUUCUGUGAGACCUGCGACCUGCUGACCUGUCGUGACUGCCAGCUGCUCAAGCACAAGGACCACAAUUACCAGUUCUUGGAAGAUGCCUAUAACAACCACAAACAGCACAUGGAGAGCAUGACCUGUCAGUUACAGGAGAAAAAGAAAGUCAUUGAAGAGGUGUCAAGCUCAAUAAACAAUGGACUACUUCAAGUUGAUCAAAACCGCACCUCGGUUCACAAUGAAAUAAAGAAGUCCAUCUGCAGUUUGAUUCUUGAGAUAAACAAGAAAGGCAAGAUACUUGUUAAUCAACUUGAGGCUGUAACAAAGGAUCAUGAGAAUGUCUUGAGAAAGCAACAAGAGGACAUUGGCUAUCUAUCUAGACAACUGGAUCAUGUCAUCAACUUCACCAAAUGGGCCACAGCCAGGAAUGGGGGCACAGCCCUCUUGUACUGUAAGCGUUUGAUUCUGUUUCAGAUUGGAAACCUACUGCGGGCAAAAUGCAAUACCUCAUUUGUACCACAGAGCUCUGUACGAUUCCAGUGUCGAUCCUCUUACUGGGCCUCAAAUGUUGAUCUGGGCUCUUUAUUGGUGGAGAGUGUACCAGGCCACCAGCUGGGUGGUGUACAGGGCAUCCCUCCUCAGUUUUCCCACCCUGGGCAGAGCCCCUCAGGCUCACCCAACAGUCUGGCCCUGGGAGGCCGUCUGGCCCCCCAUAACACUCUGGCUCAGCUUCAGAUGCAGGUGGACAAGCUGAACCCACAGCCCCACUGGCAGCCCCAGCCACCUCCUCCACCCUGGACGUGGUACCAGAGCGUCCGUCUGCAACGAACCGCUCCAGGGCCGCUUCAGGGUGGUUCUCCCUCCCAGAGUAUGCCUCCCGCACCCCCUCAGCCAGGCCGGAGGUUUAUGGUGCCUCCUCCCAACCAUGUCAGCCCAACUAGCAGCUUACCAAGCCCUGGUUUUACGCCCCAGUCUGUCCAGCCACUGAGGGGGAUGGUUAGCAGCUCCAACUACCCACCCAAACCCAUGGAUGUCUUUUCGACUUCACCUCUUUACACCCAUAAUGCUCCACUCCCCAGCAGCAGUGGUGUCAGCUCCCCUCACUCACGACAGAUGAUUGAGAGCACGUAUUUAAACAAGAGGAGUGAUCCAGGUGGUCCUUCACUUAUGCUCAGACCAAACUAUCCCCAGAUUACUCCACCUACGCGUUCACCUUUGCCACACAGAAAUGUGCAAGGACAGCAGAAUUCACCAGGGUACCGUGCCGUAUCCCACGAGGAGAAACCAGGGACUGUCUCCUGGAAACCUCCAGAGAGGCAUCAGGCUAAUGGAGCUGUGGGCUCAGCUGUCAAGAGAAGACGAAGGUCAUCACCAGGGCCCAUCAUUGUCAUCAAAGAUGAGCCAGAGGAUGACAUUAGCUAUGGACAAGCCAACUUAAGAGCCAAUCUCCCUGACAGCACAGGCGACCAACACAAAAUCAGUGUCCAAAGUGGGGGGAACCAGGUCUCCACCCCUCCUCAAAGCAUAGAGGACAAGCCUCAGACACCCUCACAGCCUCCCAGGAGCCCACGGGACCAAAGUCAGGCUAAUGCUCCAAAACAGAUCUUUUCACUGGGAGGAGAGCAACAGGUAGACCAGCAUCAAGCUCCACUGGAAGACCCUAAUGAAGACUGGUGCGCCGUGUGUCAGAAUGGGGGAGAGCUGCUUUGCUGUGAUAAGUGUCCCAAAGUUUUCCACCUUACGUGCCAUGUUCCAUCUCUCUUCAAAUCUCCCAGUGAGGAGUGGUUUUGCUCUUUCUGCCGUGACCUGUCUACGCCUGAGAUGGAGUAUGACUGUGAUAGCAAACCUGAAGCCAAAACAGUGAAGGAGGAACCAGAUUCUGAGGGAGGAUUUCCCCCUUUGGACAAACGAAAAUGUGAGAGGCUGUUGUUGCACUUGUUUUGCAGCAGGCUGAGCUCAGACUUUCAAGAACCAGUGUCCCCUUUGAUGUUAUCUAGUAGCAGGCAGACUGUAAAGACACCAAUGGGUCUUUUCAUUGUUAAGAAACGCCUUGAAGCUAAGCAGACUCUGUGCUACCACAACCCAGCAGAGUUUAUAUCAGACAUCCGGCUCAUCUUCAGGAACUGUGCGGCAGUCUGUGAGGCUGACACCAAGGUUGCCAUGGCAGGCAGGAAGCUUGAGGAGCUGUUUGAAGAGCACCUCAAGAUCAUCUAUUCUGACCAGACCUUUCCAGAGAUCAAAAUGGAGGUCAUUAGUCACGCUACCCCUCCUGUUUAUCAGUCCUCAUCUCCUGACAAUAUAUCCCAGCCUGCAAAGCGCCAGCGCAGGUGCUCUGAUUCCCAGGAUGCACCAAACUCUCCCAAAGGAGAAGAGGAAGCAGUAUAAAAGCACAGAUCUUUUUUUUUUUUUUUUUUUUUUUUUUUUUACAGUUUAUAUUCAACAACACUGCCAGCACUAGCUAUCAUAUCAGAGGAUUACAAGCAUCUAUGAUACACAGUUACCUUAGGGUCACCAAAAUAUUUUGUCAUUAAAUUCUCUUGCACACACAGAACUUUGAUACAGGGCACUAAACGAGUUUCCUAUUUUGUGGACAAAACUAUAUUAUAUUACAGCUGCUGGAUUUACUUAGAAUUUGAAGAAAAUACCUCCUCACUAAGUUCAAAGAAACAGAUUUGAUUUGUGGCAUGGAAUUUCUCUGUAAAGGCAGCCCAUCCCAUUACUUACAGGGGAAAGCUAGCAUUGCUACUAGUCUCUCAGUAUAAAUGGUGGCAUUAAAUUAGGCAUAAGGUAGUUGUUACUAUGUACACCGUCUGCCGACAGUUGAAUCCAGUAGGUUGAUCUGAAGUAGGUAACAUGAAUGGCUAUAUGUAGGCUAAUUCAGGAUGAAUGUUUGGAUUUGAUUUGUUUUACAGAUACAUGGUUUGGAUGGGAUUCUACAAGCCAGGUCUUGUGUGUGUUUCCUGUUUGGCCAAGCCUCUCCAUUUGUAAAUAUAGCAGUGAUCAGAAGGAUGAUAAUCCCAAAAUCUGUCUAGCUUUGAUGUUUGUGAAGACGUGACGUAUCUUAUGUGGAAUCAGAGGUGAUACAGGGUAAAGCAAUUAAGGCCAGUAAAAGAAAAACAUGUCAAAGCUGUUUGAUAAUAAAACCUCAGACUACUUAAGAUAUUGCAUAGUCACAAGAUGUUGGAUAAUUAUUCUGUAUUGUCAGGUUGAUUGAUCUGAGCAUUCUGUAGAACUCAAACAUUAAUGUGCACAGGUAAAUGUUAAGUUAUUAUUUAUGUGUUUGCAUAUUUAUUUAUUUAUGUAAAUAUGAACUUUUCUAUGUUUUCUAUGUUGUGUAUAACUAAGCACAGUACAAAUGUUAUUGUUAUCUGUGAGACUUUAUUAUUAUUAUUAUUAUUAUUUUAUUUUUAUUUUUUUUUGCCAAAACAAGAGUUGAACUCAAAUGAAGCUGAACCUAACAUGUUUUCUUAUACACACCCACUGUUGUUACCUGUUUUCUUAUGAUCUCAAAGAGCCCAAACAUUUAGCCAGAGUAUACCUGCAUGCAAGUUAACUUGCAGCUGUUUACAGGGUAUAAUAAAAUAUGAUA